CUGUUCUGGCCCAACAUCAUCGGUACGUCUGUCUGGCAAGCUGUAGGCAUGCUAGCACACAGCUAACAACUGUCCCGUGUCAGGCUACUCGCGCAUCGUGCUCGCCAUCGCCUCCCUCUACUACAUGCCCCUCCACCCGCGAACCUGCUCCUUACUAUACAGCGUGUCCUGUCUCCUAGACGCUCUCGAUGGAUACGCCGCUCGUGCCUUUGAGCAGUCCACGCGCUUCGGCGCCGUCUUGGACAUGGUCACUGACAGAUGCACAACCUCGUGCCUGCUGGUGUUCCUGUCCUGCGCGUUCCCUCGCUGGACCAUCGUCUUCCAGAUGCUCCUCUCACUUGACUUCUCGAGCCACUACAUUCACAUGUAUACCACUCUUACCAUGGCGGGUUCCGAAAGCAGCCACAAGAACGUCGACGAGAGCCGCAGCUGGAUCUUGCACUUGUACUACACCAACAAGACUGUUCUCUUCGUCUUUUGCGCCCUGAACGAACUAUUCUUCAUCGCCCUCUACCUCUUGUCCUUCUCCUCGCCGCUUCUCUCGCCCUCUCUCCUCAACUCUGUCUCCAACUCAGAGGCAAUGCAAAUCCAGGCCGGCGCGCAGGUCAACACGUCGCUACUCAGCCAGAUCUUCCCGAAUCCUUACAGCGCAGCAGCUCUCGAGCUUGCGCGUGCGAAUAAGAUGGAUUCCUUUUGGCCGUGGGUCCUUACUGCCAUCAGCUUCCCCGUCAUGGCUAUGAAGCAGUUCAUCAACAUUGUGCAAAUUGUCAAGGCGAGCAAAUGGCUUGCUGAGGGUGAUCUGGCCAUGAGGAAGGCGCAGGGCUUGCCCCGGAAGAAGUCCAAGAGCACCUAAAUCAGCAAGCAAGUGGCGUCGAGCGCACUUGCACCACCGGACGCUGCUUCUGGCGUCAACCCGCUUACGAAGGAGCUUGCGUUACAGAGCGCGCCUUCUCCGUUAGAACCUGGCAGGGGAAGGCAGCCGCAUCAUCAACGACUCUGUGUCGACGUACCGAAAUGGCCACGUCACUGGCGACUGGCGAGGGCGCUGGGAAAGGAGAGAAUUUAGGAGCUCGAGUGUAAGACCGUGUACUCUCUAGAAAAUAGGAGCACGGCGAGGAGCAGAUUCCUUUGGCAUGGAUUUUUAAUGGCACCAGGUGCAUUCACACAUGUCCGGCUAGGAACGUCGAGAACAACCAUGUAGGAGAGGAAGGAAACGAGAGUCUUGGCCGAGUGUCAGAUUCAGGAGUCUGGAGUUUGUU